AUGAACUCACAAGCAUCAACAUUUAUACCCGUUGGGUCCAUAUCAAUCAAGAAAGAGGAGACUUGCCUGGAUCAUGAGGCGUGGGGUUCUUCUGACCUUUAUGAUUGGAGGUCUUUCCGCUCUUUGCCAAAUGACUUGGAUCUCAAGAGUCAGCACCACUUCCUCCCCCAGGACUUCGAGGCCGCCUUGUUGAAAAUCCGAAGACUUGAUCCAUAUCUUCGAUUAUGCAGAGGUUUAUGGGCAAAAAUAGAGUUCAGCGUGAAGAACAAAAACUCUGGGCAUGGGACUCUUAGAGUCUAUCUUCUCCCCGACGAUACAUUGCGCCGCGUGGUGGACCGAUCAGACCCAAACAUGUGGAAGUCAAGGAAGAUCAUCCUCAACGAACUGAAUUAUUCACCGGAAGCAUGGAACGGUGAUACCGAUGCCAUAUGGCUAGAAACCCCACUCCCAUACGACUCAGCAAUUCAUCAAACAGACCUACAAGAGGGAAUGUCUUUGUUGCAACUCUUCAACAGCAUCCCAUCACCAAACCCCAAGGCCGAGUUGAUUGAGGAUUCAUACUCCAGAUCUGUUGCUCGUGAUAUCUUAGCUAGUCAUAUUUUAGGCCUGAAGACCGAGCUUUACCCUUACCAGCGAAGGUCAUCCGCCAUGAUGCUGCAAAAAGAGGUUCAACCCCAACAGGUACUCGACCCACGUUUACUUCAUGUUCAUGAUCAAGAAGGCGGAGCAUGGUACAUAGACCCGGUAGUUGGUACACUACUCAAAGAGCCACGCUAUUACGACGGAGUAUCGGGAGGCAUACUUGCUGAAGAGAUGGGCUCUGGCAAAACAAUCAUAUGCCUCGCACUCAUUCUGGCAACCAAACAACUGCCUACACAACCUCCCGAGCAUUUCCGUGCCGGAGACGUCCCAACAAGGAAGCGACUGGCCCCGUUGGCCGAGAUGGCCGCAUCUUGUGCUACAAGAAACGCAGUGCCAUGGCAAUCAUAUUUCAACCUUUGCAAAGAACAGUCCGGUGAAGAAUACGACAGAUGUAUCGAGGCACUCGGAAGAAACCCAGGCUACUACUUUCUCCCUUCACCUGAGCCGCGUCGAUCCGCACGGCGUUGCAUCCAGCCUGUCGAGCCGCUAAAGAAGCGACUCUACCUCAGCAAUGGAAGCAUCGUUGUUGUACCUGCCAAUCUGCUGGCGCAGUGGCAGCAAGAGAUUCGCAAACAUACUGAUACCCUAGAGGUCUUGAUUUUGGUCAAAGAUAAGCCAUUGCCACCGCCUGAAGAUCUGUUGAAGUACGAUAUCAUUCUUUGUUCCCAGACCCGAUUAGAAGCUCUGAUUAAACAAAAGGGAGGGGUUGGACAGUCUCCACUGUCUCAUAUACAUUUCAAGCGAUGUAUUGUCGAUGAAGGACACAAGCUUGGUAAUUCGAGGAUCAGCAACAAAAGCAAUAUGCUCCUCAUUCUCGAUGCGUUGCAUUUCUCUUCACGUUGGAUCGUGACAGGAACUCCAUCCGAUGGCCUGUAUGGAGUUGAGGCAGAUCAGACAAAACAUGAGUCUGACGGGACUUGCAAGGAAGAACCUGAUGCAUUGGCGACCUGCAACGAAAGCAGCAAGUUUGACGUCGAUAUGGAACGAAGGGACUUGACAAGGAUCGGGGCUAUAGCAGCGUUCUACCUGAAGGCUCGACCAUGGGCGAACACUAUCUUGGAAAUAGGUGACACUACGGCGGAUUGGGCGACUUACUUGCUAUUGCCAAAGCACCAAGCAAAUAGCCAGGGUCGUUGGGACUGCUUGAGAUCUACCCUGAACUCUCUCAUCAUCAGACACCAACUUGCAGAAGUCAGCGAUCUCUUGCCUCCGGUAAAUGAAAAGCUCGUUGUUUUGGAGGGUUCAUACCAGGACCAGAUGUCCCUCAACAUCUUCUCCAUGAUGAUAAUCUUCAACUCUGUACAGUCUCAGCGAACCGAUAGGGACUACUUCUUUCACAGCAAACAGUCGAAAGCUUUGCUCCAAAUUGUCCACAACUUGAAGCAGGCAAGUUUCUUUGGUGGCUCAUUCUUUUCUCACGAAGAUAUUAUAAAAGCUGUCAAGACUGCCGAAGAAUUCCUUUGUGAAAAGAAAGUUCCAAUCAGCGAUGGAGACCGGCUCCUACUUGAGCAAGCGAUCCAGUUUGGGCAUGUUGUGAUAGACAACGAGCUUAAGGCUCUGAGCAAUCAGUUUCAUGAGAUGCCGGUUUGUGUCAAGGGUUUGCCGCAUGACUUCAGCGCAUCUUGGUCACUCAAUAGUCAAACGGGAGAUGGCAUGUGUAGUUCGUCAAGUAUGCUAGUGUCCCUUCAGAAGGUCGUCUAUAAGUCCGCCUCCAGGCCUGAUCGGCUCAACUCUCUUCUCAAUGGUGAGUUGAUCCAGGCGGGAAUUGACGAAAGGACUCGCAUGCUGUCAUCAGGCGAGUCAACAGAGAACUCGCAAACACUGGCUGGAAACACGAAACUGGGAGACGAUAGUCAUCGAAGUAUACGUGUUCGUGGCAUCAAGGAUGUGAAGCCUGAAGUUGAAGCAACUGUAGAUGGUGCUCUUGGCCCAUUAGAAACAGCAACGAUCACUUCCACAGUAUCUGCCAAGCUUUCGUACCUGAUUGAUAGUAUUCUCAGGCACCAAGAGGACGAAAAGAUACUCGUCUUCUAUGAAAACGACAACAUUGCAUGGUACCUAGCUAGUAUGCUAGAAGUGCUUCAAGUGCAGCAUCUCAUCUACGCCAAAGGAUUGACAACAGCCAGGAGAACCCAAUAUGUCAACACGUUCCACCAUAAUGUCAAUUUUAGAGUGCUUCUCAUGGACAUCUCACAAGCAGCUUUUGGUCUUGACAUGAGAGAGGCGUCGAGGAUCUACUUCAUCAGCCCUGUGCUUAACCCGCAAGUUGAAGCACAGGCGAUUGGUCGUGCACGACGUAUCAGCCAGCCGAAGCAGGUCUUUGUCGAGACACUGGUAUUGAAGAACAGUAUAGAGGAGAUUAUCUUGGAACGCAAGCAGCACAUGACACAGGCUGAACAUCGUCAAGUUCGGUCCAUUCUGGACGUUGGCUCGAUCUACGACUGGAUCAAGAACCCCCGAAUCAUCCCAUUACCGAGAGGCGAAAUGAGCCAAGAAGAUCAAAUGACACCUCUCAGUACGCCUCAGUACAUAUUCAGGAGGGGUUUCGGGCGAACCAUGCACCCUGACGAUGGCCUGGUUAUGGAGGAUUCGCCAACUAGGAACCAAACAGGCAUAGGAAAUGUUCUGAGGCCUCUUGAAGUGACAAAUGGAAUGAAGCGACGAGGGCGAUCCAAUUCAAUUGCAAUUGGCCAAGACCAGGUUGAGAACAGAGAUUCGUCAUCCAACACAACAAGACUCGCCGCGCGUCCAGCGAAGAGAGUGCGGUUUGCAGGAGAGUAA